GCAGCCAUGGACACAGCGGGACCAAAGGUCACCGCGCCGCCCGGCAGUGCUGCGGCUCCGCCAUGCCCUCCGCCGCGCGGGAUCGGUUCCUCCUUCGCCCAACGCCGGGAGGGGAAGCGCGGGGUGAGCGCUGGAGAGUGUGAGCUGUGCCCUGCUGGGGACAGCACUGCGAGAGGCACCGCCAUGGCCCGGCAGGAGAGGGAGAAGAGCGAGGCAGAGCAGAAGGUAGCCGGCAUCUCCCGGAGGUUCUCCUUCCUAGAUGCCGCCCAGCCCCGAGCCGGCAGCCUGGCCCGCAGCUCUCAUCUCUGGCCAGCCACCCUGGGGAGCAGGGAGGGUUUCCAUACACUGCAGAAGAUGGACACCAACAAAAGCAUCAACUGGGGCAGGCACAGCCUGGGGAGCUGGGGUAGGACUUCAGGCAGGCUCUCUGUUAGCCCCAGCAGUACCCGGAGGAAGGAGCUGAAGGAAAUCCUCCUGCAGACCAACAGCCCUGGCAGCACCCUACGGUUCGCCACUGCUCAGAAGACAUCCAGCAGCAGCAGUCUUCCUGCAGGGCUGCACCAAGAGCAGAAGCCUGAGCAGAGCCCUGAUCUGCUGCCCCUUGUCCUUGAUCCUCUGGAGCACGCUUGGCUGCUGACAGUGGCCCAGGGUGAUGCAGACAGCAUCAUCAAGCUGCUGGACCUGGAUCCCAGCCUGCUGACCAGAAGAGACUUUGUGACAGGCUUCACUGCUCUCCACUGGCUUGCCAAGCAUGGCUGCCAUGAGAGCUUCAUCGAGGUCAUCUCCCAUGCCCAGAAGAAAGGCUAUCCUGUCAACAUGAACAUCCCAACAGCCAGUGGUGGGCUCACCCCUUUGCACCUGGCUGCCUUGCAGGGACACGAAGUGCUCAUCAAGGUGCUGGUGGGAGCUUACGGGGCAGACACCACCUGCAGGGACCACAGUGGGCGCAAGGCUUGGCAGUACCUGCCAGCAGACACCCCCAGGGACCUAAAGGAGCUGGCAGGGGCCUUGGAGGAGGACUUGGUCCAGCUGCACUCUCACAACACCAACAACAACUGUAAGUCAUCCAGAGAGGCUGGGGCAGGGCAGGACUCUGUGGACUCCCAGGCCGAGGGGACAGCCCAGCCCGCCUGGAGCCUGUCAACCCUCCGAGGCUUUGUUAGACAGGCAUUUGCUUUCCUCCGUGAGCGCUGAAGCUCUCCUGGAUACACUCACUGCUAAACCCAUGAUGGAUAGCAGCCGGGAAAGCCUGCAGGAGCUGGGAACUUAAGUGCUAAAAAUCCUGGCCAAGUGAGGGUUAAGCCAUGGCACCAUGGCCACCCUGGGUCUUGUGGUCUUUUGGGGCUGUUGUGGCGUGUGUGUGUAGCACCAUGGCCACUGGAUAUUUACCUUGGGACAGCCCUUCUAAAAAACUGCCUGUCUGCAGAGGGGGUUUUGCCCUGUGAUCCUGUGGAUGGGACUCCUUGUUGCAUCCCAGCAGAUCACCAUGGCCGGGGCUCACAUGUCAGCUCUGCUGUGGGGAGCUGCUCCAACACCCUGCGUGCCCACUGCAGGAUGCUGACCCACCAUGUGUGGAUCCCGUGCUGCACUUUCCAGCUCCCUGUGAGAUCCCCUGAUCUCUGCCAUAUGCACUUCUCUGGGUUGACGUUUGUUUAUGACAGCUGAUUAUAAAGCUGUUUCUCGGUAGAGUAAGAGCUAAGGAACCUGUUUCUGAGAAGAGUCCAGGCCAAGAGAAGCCUUUCAAAGUGCAGAACAACUCACAGUGGCAGUUCUUUCUUUGAGAUCCCCAUCCCAGGAAGCCUGAAAUUCUCAGUCUCAUUAGGAAUGGGGGCCAGAGCAAAGGAGGCAGGAAGGACACAAGGGGGGGCAGCAUGUAGUGGCUCCUGUGGGGGUUAGGGUUCAGAAACAGCUCUAGAGAGAUGAUUCAUUCUCAGAAACUGUGGAAAAGGUAUGUGAAGGCUGUGAAAUUAUCUUUAUUGCUGCUGAGGGCAUGCUCAAAAAUGAAACUGAUGAACAUUGCUGCAGCAGCGUAACAGUGCAUGUAUGUCUCAGUCACUGCAUUAAAAGGGCAAAGCCUCUGCUCGCCUGUUUGUAUUUUGUUCACCAAAUGGAGCUCUGCUCUGAUGAUUUCAGCUUGCUUUUUACAUUCUCAAAGGCCAGGACUGCUUCAAAAUAUCUUCAGAAAAACAACAGCCCCUUCCUCUUUCUCAUCAGCAUGAGGCUAUUCCUACGCCCUUAAAUAGCAGUCCUGUUUGAGAAGUGCUUCUCAGACAGGAACCGGGGAGUUUCUGUUCCCCAGGGCAGCCCUUGCAGGGACAACUCCUUUAGAAGGGCAGUUGUGGUUUCUUUCCAGCUGCCUUUCAGGGGGCCUGUAGGGGUGACUGAGGAACUCAAGGGGAUCUGGCCUGGCUACACAGGUGCAUUUGCAUCUUGAUGAAGGAAGACACACAAAGACACACAGGUAACUUCCUCUGGGGAACUAGAGCUGGGGGGUUUCACAGAUCCUGAGCAAACUCCUGUUAUAUUCCGACUGUGUUUUGAAAUGCUGCUUGGACACAAAAAUAACCCAGUCUGCAGUAAUGAAGUGUGAAAGAGCAGCCUUCACAUGAGUGAAUAGGGAUCCGGGGACUGGAUAAUGCCCAGUCCAAGUGCCUGGGUGGACAUACAGAUGUGUCUGGACAUCUUAAUCCCUGAGGUCAGCAGCAGAUACAUACACAACACACUAGAAACUAGAUUUCAUACCUGAUCUACAACAGUUUUGUAAUACCUUAGCUCCCAUAGAUUGAAGAUGUUGGCAGUACAGCUCGUUCUGGAACUGCUGUGGCCACAUCCAUGCCAUGGGAGAGCAGGCUGGCUUCUCUCAAGUCUGCUCAAGCCAGCACAAACUCCAUGAACAGCACUGGGUCAAGUUCUGGUAACCAAGGUGCUCUUGGUAGGACACACAGGACUGAAAAAUAUUUUUUGACCUCUUAGUCUUCUGACACCCUUUUGCAGCUGUCAGGGAAGGCACACAGAAUGGUUCUUACAUCCUCCUCUGAGUAAGGCAUAGAGUAAACAGUGGAAUUAAUGAGAAUAUCCUUGAAGGAGCCAUUUCCUUGGCAAUAGUACCUGUGGCUUAGUCAUGCUCCACCCGGAAACAUGGACUUGAAUGUUCCAUUUGAAAGUAAAAUUUUGCUGAUAAAUGCUGCACCUAAAUACAACAAAAUGAUUUUCAGUACUUGCCUUCCUUGAGAGAUAACCAAAACCCUCUAAAGACAGCUUCUCCCUCCACCUUUUGGUCAUGGGUUAGACCCUGUAAUCUGUGCUGAGACUAAUUAGGCAGGGACUUCAGAAAGAGCAAGACCAGAAUUCUGCUUCUCUAGAUGUGUUACAACAUCCUUGCCAUGCC